AGCUACCGUAUCCCAACGUACGGUACUUAGGUACGUUUAGGGUAGUAGAAACUUCACGUACCGUAGUACGGUGAAGGGGAUGGGUUCUUCUACAGUAAUGCUUAGUACUCGUACGCUAAGUCAUCCUACGGUACUCUGCUUACGAUUCUGGUGGCAAGCAUGAACUAUGCCGCCUGGUUGACACGAUGUUGUGGAUUGAUUCAUUCGUUCCUCGGUCCGGUUUCUGUCUUCUUCACAAACGAUCUGUCGUGCGUGCGUGUCACCCGGGCUUCGUCAGCGAGCAAAAGAGGGACGGAAGCAAAAUGGGGACUGACUAGUCCCCCCCCUGAUUCCUUCGAAACUCUAUCCCGCCCCCGCAUUGAAUGGGGUCUCCCUUUCGUCGAUGGAUUCAUUCAUUUUCAUUCGCUCGAGUGGCUUCCGUCCGAACCCAGAUCCCGGACACCAUCCCCAAGAGCGGGCCGGCGGUUCUGCCAGCGUAGGAAAGGCCUACCUCGAGAAGCCACGCUCGCUGCCAGCAAAGCACACUAAGCCUAUAUAGGGUCGAAUCUGUCCACCGGGGACAGUAUUCAAUGUAGAUAAGGUACUGGACGUGCUUUGCCAGACCCAAAAAAAAGUUUCGGAACAUCGGUGAAAGGCCUUGGUGACAGACACAAUGACUCGAGAAACGGGCUUACUUAACGACAAUAUCCGGAUCGGAAGCGUGCCAGAGAUCCACUUUCUCACCCAAAGGACGAAAUUCCUUCCCUUUUGCAACCGGAAAGGGCCUUCCGAUCCGAACAUGUGACAUGGAUUCGUUAGAUGGACAUACCGUACAACAAUAUGUACCGGUACCAUACGAAACUGUUCGGUAGAAGUUUGACCAAAAUCUUCUUUGCCGCGAUCUUACGGCAAGUACUACGAGUUGUCACGACAGCCACCAAAAUUUUAGUACAUGCCUUGCGACUAGCCGUGCUAGGCGUACGAYGUUUUGUUGAUUGCGGAGGCGUCAACAUCUGUUCGGUCUACAAGUAGAAACAAUCUUUUUCACGUACCGUACGGUUGUGUACUACUUGUACUGCACUAUAWUUCAACCGCCACUUUUAGGAUCCGAUCCAUUCUUCCCCUCGCCACCAGUCAACUGUUGCAGCAAUCAACUCCAGUUCAUUUCAUUCCGUUCGAUUCCAUUUUAUUUCGUUUAACUACCAGCGCCCAUCCACCAUGAAGUCCUUCUCCACGCUCCUCGCCAUCGCCGCCCUCCCCUCCGCCCUCGGCGCCGGAAACGUCGACGGGAAAACCUCCAACUCGUGCGCCUGCGAGGCCUUGCGGUACGGCUUCAACAUCAACUGCAGCGACCAGGCCGCCAUGAACGCCGCCAUUGCCGCCUUGGAGGCCAACAACUGCAGCAAGGACAGCGCCACCUGCAACGGUUCCACCGAGUGCAUCAAGAACUUUCUGAUCAUCCAGUCCCACCACGACCACUGCUUCCACGAGGAGGUCCCGGAGAUCAUCGAGACGAACAUCCACGUYUACGAGAACGUCUGCACGGACGCCCACUGCAACAUCAACAUGAAGUUCGACACGGAGGCCCGCAAGUGCCCCCCCGUGGACUGCGAGACUUCCGUAGGCGACGACGCCUGGCAGGUCAUGUCCGUCUCGAACUGCAAGGASGACUGCUCCAGCUCGGACUGCGCGAACAACUUUCGGAUCAUCAAGGCCGUCCACGACUCGUGCCCCCGGGACACGCUCUCGACGGUGGUGGAGAUUGCCUACCACGACGUCGACGAGGCCUGCGACGCCUUUGGCUGCAACCUCGCGGUGGCCRCGSAMGACUCGAGCGASCUCAUCUGCGACGACCUCUCCUUCAUCUCGGCCGGGGAGGGCCCCCAGGGCACCGGGCUCGCCGCGGUCCUGGCCRGCGGGGUUGCCGCGGCCGCCCUCUUGUAGGCCCUGCCUCGCUUGGCAAUCCAUGGCGUCGCCGGUCAGGAACUUCCGGAGUGCACUGAUUUGUGAAAAACCACGACAAAAAUCGCAGAGAAACGAUGCGGUGGUAUGAAAACUAUAGAAAACCAAUUGUUUAUUAGCUUGUAGAAGCGAUCUCGCUUUUGGUUCCGGAGACAAAAUUCGAAAAACUUAUUCUACAUUUUCGCGAAAAUAAAGUUUKGGGCAUUCG